ACCAAUCACAUUUCACCAGUCUCUCCCUCUGUGCUCAAGUACUUCAACCACAACUAUGUGGUGUGCCAGUGCGUGUGAGAGAAAAAGGAAAAGCCACCGGAAAGCCACAAGUUGGUUUUGUUUUUCCCAGCAAAAUUGUCGUCUUCGUUAGCUCAAUUUGGUGGUAGUACUACUUUUCCUCCAUAAUUUUUCUGGGCUUUUGUAAAAAAUCUUUUCUGCCUCAAAAAUUGCAAGUGGGUCAUCUUUGCUUCUUGAUGUCUCAGUCCCACUUGUUAGUCUUUACUGUCUCUGCUUUCAAACUGACCACUGAUCCCUUUCCUCUCUCUUCUUAGUCUAAAAUAUUGUUCAUUCUUCCCUUUUCUCCUUCAACGUUUAUUUGAUUAUUUCUCUCUGUUGAAUGCGUUAAUCGUUCAUUUGGAUGUAUGGAAGAUCUUUUCUUGCUGCUAAUAAGGUCAUUGAAGAGCAAUCUUUAAUGGCUUUUCUGUUUUUUGAAGUUGUUGGUCUUGUACUGGCUUUCAAGAUUGGAUUUUGUGUUUGGGUAAAGGACACAAAAAGGGUUGAUUUGCUUUAGUUGGGGCAUCUGGGAAUUGGUAUAAAGAAGCAAACUUUAUUGUGUAUUGGAUUGAAAUGGUGGUAAAAGUUUAUGGAUUUGAUGGUGGGUUUUUGGAGUUUUGUAAGAUGUUGACCUGAAGGGCCUUAUUGGGAGAGGUUGAUCAUGUGCACUUAUUGUUCGUGAACUGUAACUUUUGUGGCCAAGAAUCCAUGUUUGGAGUGAGACAAUGGAGAGAUUUACGGCCAUAUAUUUUUUUCUAUAGCAUUGGCUGCUGUAGCUUAGUGAAAAGAAUAUGAAAAAUUUCCUAAAGAAGCUCCAUAUAGGGUCUAAUCAGCCUGAGGAUUCAGAAGGGUCUACUUCAUCAUCGAAAUGGAAUAGGUUAAGUGAUGUAUCUUCACCUGAAAGGUUUUCUCACUCUAGGUCCCAGCAUACUUCUGAGCAUAAUAAACCCUUUUCAGCUAUAUCAGGAUGGUUGAAUUCAGUCACACAUAGAAAGAGUCCAAGUCCUCCUUCCUCUUCCAAUGUUCCGGGGGUAGACAAUAUGGAACCUUCUGAUUCGUUGGGUAGUAGUGGAAUAGAUGCUUCUUUGGAAGCCAUGAGGCGAGAUUCGGGGUCCAGUAAUUCAAGGGAUCCUGAUAUCGAGGAGGAGUAUCAAAUACAAUUAGCUUUAGAGUUAAGUGCCAGGGAAGAUCCUGAGGCAGUUCAGAUUGAAGCUGUUAAACAGAUUAGUUUGGGCUCUCUUCCACCGGAUAAUACCCGAGCAGAGGUUGUUGCUUAUCAAUAUUGGAAUUAUAAUGCCCUGAGUUAUGAUGACAACAUCCUGGAUGGUUUUUAUGACCUAUAUGGCGUCUUCACGGAGUUCACUUCAUCAAAAAUGCCUUCCCUCAUUGAUCUGCAAGGAACACCAGUUUCAGAUAGUAUCACUUGGGAAGCAAUUCUUGUGAGUAAAGCUAACGACACUAAGUUGCUGAAACUUGAACAGGAAGCCUUAGAGAUGGCUGUCAAGUCAAGGUUAGGAUCUGUUAUUUUUGUAGGCCAUAAUUUGUUACGGAAGCUUGCCAUCAUUGUUUCUGAUUAUAUGGGGGGCCCUGUUGGCGAUCCUGAGAAAAUGUCGAUGGCAUGGAGAAGUCUCAGUUAUGAAUUGAAGGCAACUCUUGGGAGCAUGGUUUUGCCUCUUGGUUCCUUGACUAUUGGAUUGGCUCGUCACCGUGCAUUGUUGUUCAAGGUUUUGGCUGAUUGUUUGGGCAUUCCCUGUCGGUUAGUCAAAGGGCAGCAGUACACAGGCUCCCAUGAUGCGGCUAUAAACUUUGUAAAGAUUGAUGAUGGCAGGGAAUACAUUGUUGAUUUAAUGGGAGACCCUGGCACCCUUAUUCCAGCUGACAUAACAGCAGCAAAUACUGAAUAUGAAGAAGCAUUUCCAUCAGCUAAUGAUUUCUUGAAAGAUGAUAAUUCUCAUUUUGCUUCCUCCAGUGCUCUGGUUCCUAAUUUACUUCAAGACCAUUCAGAGGUUGGAUCUCGAUUUGCUGAUAGCAGUGCUGCCACAGUUGAAUCAAAUAGUGAAGGUGAAUGUCUGGCUUUCCAGAAUUUGCCUCAAAUUCAAGUUGAGGAAGGAUCCAACAAGUCUGCUGAAGACUUACCAAAGCCUUAUGGUGUAAGGAAGCUCAUACCAGAUGUUCGUAGCAGGCCUAAUCCUCCUUAUUCUCAUGCAAGGUCUCCUUCUUGGACUGAGGGUGUAAGCUCACCAGCAGUACAUAAAAUGAAAGUAAAGGAUGUAUCACAAUACAUGAUUGAUGCUGCUCAAGAAAAUCCACAUCUAGCUCAGAAACUUCAUGAUGUGUUGCUCGAGAGUGGUGUUGUUGCCCCUCCGAGCUUGUUUACUGAAGUAUAUCCAAAGCAGUUCAAUAAUGUGCCAGUAGAUUCCAAGUCUCCAAAGGGAGAUGGGGAAAAUGAAGAAAAGGGCAACACCAAAAGGAUAUUGGGUCUGGAUAAUGUUAGUCAGGCUCGCUUCUUGCCCCCUCUACCUUAUCAUGGUCUACGCUCUAAAGGCAUUCCCAGUGAUCAGGUAGAGCAUCAAAUUGAUUUUAGGGAAGGAACAGGUCAGCAUGUACCAUCACAGCCUGAAGUAACUCCUGCGAUAUAUACAAAAAAUGUUCCUGUUGCUGCAGCUGCCGCAGCUGCUGCAGCUGUUGUUGCAUCUUCAAUGGUAGUAGCUGUAGGAAAGACUGGCACUGAUGCCAACCUUGAGCUCCCUGUAACUGCUGCUGCUACAGCCACAGCUGCAGCUGUAGUGGCAACAACUGCAGCUGUCAGUAAGCAGUAUGAGAACUUGGAGAUUGGUGCCUCUUCACCUGAUAGUCCAGCUGCUUUCUUUAACCCAUUCGGCUGUGCAAAAAGUGAUGAAGAUGCAGAUGCUGCUGCAUACGACCAACGGGGAAGUGGCAGCCGAGAGCAAGAGGCUUUAGGUGAUGGUGAAAGAACAUCAGAUACGUCUACAGGCAAUGACAGUGCAAAAUCGGAUGCUAUGCUUGAUGAUGUAGCUGAUUGCGAGAUUCCUUGGGAGGAUAUGGCCUUGGGUGAGCGUAUCGGACUUGGAUCUUAUGGUGAGGUCUAUCAUGGAGACUGGCAUGGCACUGAAGUUGCUGUUAAGAGAUUCCUUGACCAAGAUGUAGCUGGUGAAUCCCUUGAAGAAUUUAAAAGUGAGGUUUGGAUCAUGAAAAGACUAAGGCAUCCUAAUGUUGUUCUUUUUAUGGGAGCUGUUACGCGUCCCCCAAAUCUUUCAAUUGUUACGGAAUUUCUUCCUAGAGGUAGUUUGUAUAGGUUAUUACAUCGCCCCAACAAUCAGUUAGAUGAGCGAAGAAGAUUAAGGAUGGCUCUUGAUGCUGCUAGGGGGAUGAAUUACCUUCACAACUGCACUCCAGUAAUAGUUCAUCGUGAUUUGAAAUCUCCAAAUCUUCUUGUUGAUAAGAAUUGGGUUGUAAAGGUAUGUGAUUUUGGGCUAUCAAGAAUGAAGCAUAGCACAUUUCUUUCUUCAAGGUCAACUGCUGGGACGGCAGAGUGGAUGGCUCCAGAAGUGCUAAGAAAUGAGCCAUCAGAUGAAAAGUGUGAUGUAUAUAGCUUUGGUGUUAUACUGUGGGAGCUUUGUACUAUGCAGCAACCAUGGGGAGGAAUGAAUCCAAUGCAAGUUGUUGGUGCGGUUGGGUUUCAGCACCGUCGUCUCGACAUACCAGAGGAUAUUGAUCCAGCUAUUGCAGCCAUCAUUCACAGAUGCUGGCAAACUGACCCAAAAUUGAGGCCUUCGUUUGCUGAGAUUAUGGCUGCUCUAAAACCUCUACAAAAGCCUGUCACUGGUUCACAAGUACCCAGACCAAGUGUUCCUCCGGUAAGCAGAGUUCAGGAGAAGGGUCAGCCGUCAGGAAUUCCGGAAUACUCACCAGGUGAAAAGAGCUAACCAGGUGUAAAUUGGAUUUUGCCAAACUUGUAAAGCCUCACUAUGCAUGCAAGUCCGGAAUCAACCAAGAUAAAAUACCAUCUUGUAAUCUGACAGGCAAACAUUUCAUAUUUGAGAGAAAUUGUGAUUAUUUCCUGCCCUUUUUCUACUAGUUUUGGGUUUGUCCUGGCACCAUGGCAAAUUGUUGUAUUUGUCCGUAAAUUGUAAUCAUUGUAAUGAAGGUUUACAAUUUUGGUCUCUUGUGCUCCUUGCUGUAGAAUUAUAUAUUAUGUAGAUUGGUUGGUGUAAAUUAACUACGCGGCAAUCAAUGAUACUGCUACUUCGAAUGUUUGACUCU